AUGCUACUCCCGUUGGUUGCAUCAACUGUGGGCGUGCCUAGUUACCGUAGUCAUGUGACCCUGGGGUUACUACUCCCGUUGGUUGCAUUAACUGUGGGCGUGGCUAGUUACCGUAGUCAUUUAGCCCUGGGAUUACUACUCCCGUUGGUUGCAUUAACUGUGGGCGUGGCUAGUUACCGUAGUGAUAAACUCUUUAAAUUUGAAUCAGUCGGUGAUACCGUGAAAAUAGGUCGUGACAAACGGUUGUGUGGGAUUUGUGUGGGUGCGUACGCUGAGGGUGUUAGUCGAGUGCAUAUGUGCUUAGAAAUGCGAAAAUUUAACAAUCGCUGUACAUUAUUCGCGAAAGAUUUAAGUACGUACGGUACUGGUUAUAACGGUGAAGAAAUAUCAACCGUUCAGCGAGAACGGCAGUUGAAAUGCGGUGACACGUUACAGAUUGGUACCUUCAACUUUACAAUUGGAAGUUUAUCGUCAGAAAAGAAUGAAUUUAGUGAUGGUUAUGAUGAAAACGAUGACAGCGUCACCGAAAAAAAGUUUCUAAAAACGAACGAGGAAAACUCUCAUGAUAAGAUGAAAUGUUCACGUGAAUUUAAGCAAACGUUGACUCGUACUCAGUUCUUGGAAGAUGUUGAUAAAGAAACGCAACAAAGUGCCAAUCAAAUGAAGCCAAACAUUUUUGCGAAUAAUUCCCUUUCAACUUGUUUCUCUCAGACCAAACAAAGCCAGUCAUCGUCGAGCACCCAAUUGCCACCAAAACAGUUCCUACCGUCUGUCAACGGGGAUUCCGAUAGUGAUUCUGAUUCAGGAAAUGAGCCUGCUGUUGCGGUCGUAAAUUCUCACCCUUUGGCUAAGGAUAGUAGUGGCAGUUCGGAUGAGGGCGAAGAUCAGCAUCGACUGGCACCGAAGAAGAAAAAACGACGAAUCUUAGACGAUGAAGUGAGGACAGUAGUUGCGGAGAGCGUGUUUGGUGAUACUAACAAUGAGAUUGGUAACGAAGAUGCUGAUUGUCGUAUGGAUGUGGACCGUGAAAAUGAAACUGGAACGCAUUCAUUCGAGAACAGGAAAGCACAGAAAAAUGAUCAUUGUUCAAACUCAAGUGAAAAAUUAGUGGAAUAUGCGAAUUUGAUACGACACACUGAUGAUGGUAAUAGUACUCGUUACAAUCAAACCAACUCCUCAGAUUAUGGUAGUCGGCCAGGAUCAGCAUUUGGCUUAUCAGCAGGAGCGUAUAAUUUUAAACGAUUCCGAAAGGUUGUCAUUGCUGUUUUCACCACUGUUUGA